AUGGAAAAGGCAUGGGUUUGGCUACCAAGAGCUAACCUUGAGUAUGAGGAAGGAGCAAAACAAUUUGUGACAGAAUCAGCGAGGUUGUUGGGUAAUCAUGUAGAGAUUCUAUGUCCUUGCAUAGAUUGCCCGAAUGUUUGCCACCAAGUUAGUGAAACAGUAUUAGAGCAUUUAGUUAUUAGAGGGAUGGAUCUUAAGUACAAGAGAAAUGCAAGUUGGAGUAAGCAUUGGGACGUAAGGAAUACUAACCGGGGUGAUUUUCAGAAUUCUGAAUCAGAGGCUUAUGAGUUGAUUAGGACAGCAUUUGAAAAAGAAGGAAGUGAACAGCGAUCAGAGCACAUUGAAGGCCAGUUUGAGGGUUCUGAAACUAAUGAAGAUUCAGAGUUUAUGAAGAAAUUAAAGGAUGCUGAAACUCCUUUAUACACAAGGAGUCCCAAUCACACUAAGGUUUCUGCAAUCAUGGGCCUCUACCGCAUUAAAGUGAAGAGUGGGAUGUCAGCGAACCACUUUGAUCAGCUUUUGACAUUGGUUCAUGAUUUUCUUCCUCAGGAUAAUGUGCUUCCAAAGUCCACAGAUGAGAUGAAGAAGUUUUUGAAGAUUUUUGGGUUUGGCUAUGAUAUGAUCCACGCAUGCAAGAAUGAUUGUAUCCUUUAUCGGAAACAAUAUGAGAAGAUGGAAAUCUGCCCAAGAUGUAGUGCAUCCAGAUGGGAAACUGAUAAACACACUGGUGAGGAGAAGCAGGGGAUUCCAGUGAAGGUCCUAAGCAAUGCUAGAGUAGAUGGUACAUUGCGACACCCAGUGCAUUCAUUGACUUGGGCUCAAGGAAAUGAUAAAUGGCCAGAUUUUGCUGCUGAACCGAGAAACCUUCGACUUGGCCUGUCUACAGAUGGUAUGAAUCCUUUCUCUAUUCAGAGUACUAAUCACAGUACAUGGCCAGUGAUGUUAGUGAACUACAACAUGCCUCCAACUAUGUGUAUGAAGGCAGAGAAUAUAAUGCUCACCAUGCUCAUCCCUGGUCCAACUGCACCGAGCAACAACAUUGACGUAUAUCUGGCACCACUGAUAGAUGAUUUAAAGGAUUUGUGGAGUGAAGGUAUAGACGUAUAUGACUCAUUUCUGAAAGAGACAUUCAGACUUAGAGCUUUGCUGAUGUGGACUAUCACGGAUUAUCCAGCGUUAGGGGUUCUUUCUAGAUGUAAAGUGAAAGGGAAACAAGCAUGCAACGUAUGUGGUAAGGAUACACAUAGUAGAUGGUUGAAGUUCAGUCGGAAAUAUGUGUAUAUGGGCAAUAGAAGACGACUCAGACCAGGUCAUCCAUACAGGAGCCGCAAGGGAUGGUUUGAAUAG